CAGACUGUGACUGAACUAUACGCGUGCAUUUGGCAGGCAUUCCCAGACGGGGGUGGGGAUGAGACUGGCUGCAGUGCUGAUGCUAAUGGCGUCACAGGAAAAAAGGAAGCACUGUAGCAUCAAAGAGCGUGCAACAUCCCUGGAGUCUGGUUGCAGGGAGAGCUUUGGAGCCUCAGGUGACUAGAUCCUCUGCCUCGCUGUACGGCCUCUUCCCUUAACAAAGAUGGAUGAAGACACGUGGAAUGAAAGGCCUCCACCACCAGAAAUGCCAAGCAGAAGACUAGGAUAUCCUCAAAAAGUGCCCUUGCAAAGCAUCUCUGUAGCUGUGGCGAUCAAAGGCUUCGUGGCAGAUGUUGUGUCUGAACUUCAUUACAAGAAUGAGGAGAAGAUCCCUCUGGAGGUUGAAUUUGUCUUUCCCUUGGAUGCUGAUGCUGCUGUCUACGCCUUUGAGGGCCUAAUGGGUGAGACAAAAAUUGAGGCCCAGAUCAUGGAGAAGGAACAGGCACAGGCAUUGUAUGAAGAUCGGUUGGCCGUGCUCGAAGCAUCUGUGUUUUGUGUGAGGGACCCCAAAUCCAGAGACGUUUUCAAAUGCAUGCUGGGUAAUCUUCCACCAAGUGAAGAGGCCACACUGAAACUGUGCUAUGUCCAGGCACUGGCUCCCGAGCCGGAUGGUGCAGACCGCUUUGUCCUGCCAGUUGUGCUGAAUCCUCGCUAUGCACUUCAGGGGUCAGAAGAGAGCAGCUUCAUACAGGAUAUACCACGAGUGCCUGAGAGGGAGCUCCCCUACAAGCUCAGCCUCAGUGCUACACUGCAUUCUCCAUAUGGAAUCUCUCAUGUGAAGUCAAAUUGCACCCUCACACCCCUGCAGUAUGCAACAGAAGACCACACUACAGCCCAGAUUUCCCUCACUGAAGGAUACUGCCUUAAUCGAGAUGUGGAGCUGCUGAUAUAUUACAAGGAGGUGGUUCGUAAGCCCAGUCUCCUGCUAGAGGUUGGGAAGCCAGGAGCAGAUCCAGGUUCACUGAUGGGAGACCACGUGCUUUUGCUUACCCUGUAUCCCAGUCCUCCUGCCCCAAAGCCAGGCCUGAAUGCAACAGGCGAAUUCCUGUUCUUGAUGGAUUGCUCUAGCAGCAUGAGCUACAGCACCAGAAGUAACUCUGAAGCCACAACCCGCAUUCAGAGUGCCAAGGAGACCCUGAUUUUCCUAUUGAAGAGUCUUCCUCUGGGAUGUUACUUCAACAUCUAUGCAUUUGGAUCCUCCUAUUACUCAUUCUACCGGAAGAGUGUAAAGUACACACAACAGACCAUGUUGGAGUCUCUGCGGGGGGUGUUGGACCUGCAGGCUAAUUUGGGUGGCACAGAGAUUCUGCAACCACUGAAGGCCAUUUACAGCCAGCCAUGUAGGGAAGGAUAUGCCCGUCAGGUCUUUGUAUUCACAGAUGGAGAGGUAUCUAACAUAGAUGAGGUCAUUGCUGAAGUUCAGAGUCACAGUAAGUCUCACAGAUGCUUCUCCUUUGGGAUUGGUGAAGGGACUUCCUCAUACUUCAUAGGUGGCAUUGCUGAAGCAAGUGGUGGCAGAGCUGAAUUCAUCAGGAGCAAGGAGCAAAUGCAGGCCAAGGCACUGCGAUCUCUGAAGUGUUCUCUGCAGCCGGAAGUGAAACACAUUAAACUAGAGUGGCAUUUGCCUCCUGGCCUCGAGGCUGUGCUUCUGGGGUCAAGCACUCAGGCCAUAUUUGCAGGGGAACGCUGCCUCAUGUACGCUCAGAUCUGCGGGCAGCAACAGACCUCUGACCCCCCAGAGGGUUCUGUUGUGCUCCAGUACAUCAUGCAAGGCCAGACUUUCGCAGAGAAGAUGGACUUUCGGCUUGAGGCAGAGGAGAAUGACAGGUUUCCUGUUCACCGACUGGCAGCUCAGGCUGUUUUGAAAGAACUGGAGGAAACAAGAUCGACAGCAAAGCAGCAGCUGGUGCUGGAGACCAGCCUGAGCUCUGGGGUGCUGUGUGCUCAGACUGCUUAUGUGGUAGUGAAUAUGGAACAGGGCGAGCCGCUUCAAGCCCCUGUUGAAUUCAGAGAGAUUCCAUAUCCAAAUAGCUCUGUGUGGGCUGCUAUACUCCAAGGUGAUCACUGCUGUUAUGAAUAUAAGUGCGAACCUUCCAGAUGUGAGAGUAUUUUGCGGAGAGCUUUAGAAUUUUCCUCAAAGCUCUAUUUCUCAGCAUCCACCCUUUUUGCCAGCAGUACCAGAGGUUGGAGAAGUUAUUCCACUACUGGAGAGUUCCUUAAUGCUCAAAAUGCAGUGUUUGACCAUGCCAGUCUCCCAACAAAUGAAUCACUUCUCCUGAGGCUAGUCUCCCUGCAGAAUGCUGAUGGUUCCUGGUCCCUUGAUGCCAACCUGCUCAGCAUACUAGGUCUGAGUGAAGCAGAGAUUCUGGGCAAAAUGCCUACUCAGGUGGUCCAAACUGCAUGGACAACAGUUCUUGUCGUUCUCUGGCUACAUGUCCACUUUGCAGAAUGUAGUGAUAUCUGGCAGCUAUUGGAGGCAAAAGCUGUGGGAUGGCUCCAUGAGAGCACAGGGCCUAAACUUGCUGAGUGUGUGAAGGCUGGCAAUACCUUCUUGGGAUGUGACGUCAGUGCUGAGGUCUUUGGGCUCUGAACUGCCCCCUCUUGCCAGCAUAAGCCUUAUAUAUUUCACUGGAGUUUUGGCACUUGCUUUUUCUUCCCUUCAAGAAUAUCUCAUUGUUCCAUCUGCAUGCCUAUUGUACUUUCAUGAGCCUGCUGUCUUUUGGACUUACUUCAGAUGUGUCUCUUUUCCUCAAUAGGGUAGCAGUUCUUCAAAGAUGCCUUAACUUACUGCAGUAAUAUCAGUGCUGUUCCCUAUGCACUCCAUUCAUAAACAUGUACUGAGAGAGCGGAAAGAGAACUGUAAUAGGCAACUGGAUUGUGUGUGGGAAAUGUUUUGGGAGAACAUGUUCACAGUUUGAGUUAGGGGUUGGGUGAGUUUCAAUAAAGAAAAAGGUGUGCAGGUAUUUUAUGCAAAGUGCAACAGUUACUUGCCUCAAUGUUGUUUGGUCAUAUGAAGUGUAGGCAAAGGACUUAUCAAUUGAUAUGUCAUGGUGAACUACAAAUCCCAUGAUGCUGAGUGGAAAAAAGACAAUAGUAACACUAUGCUGAACACUGUUUUUACCUUACUAAUAGUCAAAGGUGAGGAGGACAUCUUGCAGAUGAGCUGAAGCCAAAAGUGUGUGUGUGAGAGAAGGAUCAAGAUACAAGGACCCCUUGAGAAUUUGAGCAGCAACAUUUGCCUAGGCAAGCACUCAUGCAUAAAUUCUCAUAACAUCCCUUCCCUCACUAUUUUCGGGUAACACAGAUAAAACCAGGUAAUAGAAUCAUAGCAUGGUAGAGUUGGAAGGGACCAUGAGGAUCAUCUAGUUCAGCCACCUGCAAUGCAGGAAUAUGUAGCUUUCCAUAUGGGGAAUGAACUUGCAACCUUGGUGUCAUAAGCACCAUGCUCUAACCAACUGAGCUAUCCAGUUGUAUAAGCAUUAUCAUAUUAUUAUUUUCUUCUUAUUAGUAUCUCCCUGUUAUUCAGCUCUGGCCUCAGUACAAUGAUGUAGCAUUUAGGGAAAAAUAUGCAACCAAGCAAUCCAGCACUGGAGGACAGGAUGGAGAAGAUUUCCACAGCCACCAUGUAUUUUCCUUUAGUGCUCAAGUAGGUUGGAAGAAAGGUUAUCCAAACACUGCAAAACACCAACAUGCUGAAAGUGAUAAAUUUGGCCUCAUUGAAACUGUCUGGCAACCUCCGGGCUAGGAAAGCCACAACCAAACUGACAAUGGCCAGGAAGCCUAUGUAGCCCAAGACACAGUAGAACAUGAUUGCUGAACCUUCAUUACAUUCUAGUAUUAUCUUUCCAUGCACUGAGUGCAUGUCUCUAUCAGGGAAUGGAGGAGAAGUAAAUAACCAAAGAGCACAAAUGCCUGCUUGAAUAAAGGAGCAGGAAAGGACAAUAGAAUUUGCGAGUCCUUUCCCCACCCAUUUCCUCAUUCUAGAUCCUGGUUUGGUUGCCAUGAAUGCCAGAACCACAGUGAUGGUUUUUGCCAACACAGAUGAAAGAGCCACAGAAAAGAUGAUGCCAAAAGUAAUUUGUCGAAAAAGGCAGAUGAUCUUUCCAGGUUGUCCGAUGAAGAGUAAGGAGCAUAGGAAGCAAACGAGGAGAGAGAUGAGGAGGAUGCAGGUAAGGGUCUCAUUGUUGGCUUUGACUAUGGGAGUGUCUUUGUGCUUCAUAAAAAUUCCAAGUACUAAACUUGUGAU